GUGCUGUGCUCCCCCCCAUUAUUAUAUUUUUAUGGCUACAAAAAUCAGCAUUUUUACAGUUUAUUAUAUUUUUGCAUUAUUUUGUGGUUAAUAUAUUGUAUCCCAUGCUGAUAAGAUAAAAAAAAUAGAGGCAAAAAUCUCUUCAUCUACGUACUUUGUUUAAAAAAUAGUGGUGAAAAUGGAGACAGGUGUGGUUCGUCUUAGACGUCGUAGAGUCGACACCAGCCAAGAAGUCCACUUAGGACUCGAAUCUAUAAAAGAGGAAGACACAAUGUCCGAAGAAAAUCCCAUUAGCAACGGCAUCAUAGAUCCAGAAGAAGAAUCACUAGACCCAGAAAGACUCGAAAAAAACUUAGAACAAGUCAGGCUGCACACUGAAAAAAUGCAAAGAGCCCACGAAGUGUUCAUUCGGCGACAACAGACUUUAGAGGAAAAAGGGCCUGUGCGUCAAAGAUUAGGGGUUGUAAGGGUGAGGCGCAUGGGGCCAAGGCCUGCACCAAAGCCAACCGCUACAACUUCAAAUGGAGUUCAGAGGCAGAGUGUCAAACGUCGGCUUUAUAACAGUGGGGCUAGUGUCGUCAAUGGAGGGACUACACGCAGACGUUUUGGUCUGAAACGCUUACACGACCAAAGAUACCACAUAAACCUUGCGCAGAAUCGUAUGCAGCGAGUGCGCGCGCAAAUCGUCAACAACACCUGCCCAGUGCGCUUGCGCAGGAACCAUCCUUCGGCCAGACUCGGGUUGCCUCGCAACGCAAACAAUUUGACAAUUCAAGUACCUAAUUUCGCACCUUCGACCAACGGUCAAACUUACCCGCACAACAUCGAACGGUUCCGAUUGACUUUGAAUCCGGAAAUUCAGGCUUUGAUUAGGAAUUUGCAAAUCGAAGCUUCGGACCCUGUUAGACAAUUUUUCCCGAUAAAUCGGGUGACGCCGCAAGUGACUUCGAUUUUUUUGUCUACCAGGUUUUCGGGGUUGACUUAAAUGUUGUGUUUACGUAUAAUUUGUUAAUUUCUAAGGGCUAAUGUUGUAAUGUUUGAUUUUAAGACAAUAAAAAUUUUGAUUUUUAUAAAUUGGAAACAAUUUUUUUUUUUUUUUUUUGGUUUUACAAAAUUAAUUUACCCAUAUACAGGGUGUCCCACGAGGUGUUUUCGAAAUGAUAACUUCGGAACUGAAUAAUUUUUUAUAAUUUUCUUGACAAAUAUGGUAUUAAAUUUAAUUUUCUAACGAAAAAUGCCAUAACCAUGAGUUAGAUUCGAAAGCUGACGUCUCUCGACCGAAAUUGAAGCGAAAGAGGUGGAAUUGGAUGACAAUGGUAGAAGCGGCACAAAAAGUUACCCAGAUUCUCAAAAUUUCAAUUAUAUUGGAUGACGGGUUCCGAAGUUAUUACCUGGGAAAAACAUGGUGGGACACCCUGUAUGUAUUUAUUGAAUUAUUACAAUGUUGGCCCUUGAUUUUCUUAUUCUAUUUUUAACAUUUAAGAAUUUAAGAUUAAGUUUUCGUUUCACAUUAAAUUAAGUGAUAAUUUUUUUGUAAUAAUAUAAAACGAAUUGAUUUUUUUGUUAGACUUACUUGUUUUGUUGUCCAUGCAAAUUAUUUGUCUCUCUUUGUCAAUAAUUUUCUAUCUUAUGCUACUUAGUUUGUUUGAGCUAUAUAUAUAUUUUCU